AGACCACGUGACGGUGGGAGUGAGUGAAGUUUAAAUUCCCUUUCAGAAAGGGAGCUCAAUUCAUCCCCUAUAAAAAAAAAUCAUCCCUUUUAUAGCGACAUCUUAUAUAGCACGCUAAGGUAUAACUUGCCUACUUGAGGAUCCCCAAGAAAGCGCCCAUCUUGAGCGAGUCUCACCCUGAGGUUCACACACAGAAGGUGUAUCAAGAUCAGUGAGGUGGAGAAAUGCUACAGGAGAAGGCCUCAGCUGUGGCUGAUGAAGGUAUGACCGUGGCCCAGUCGGGUGGGCCUCCUGAGCUUGCCAGUGAUUCCUCGCAUUUGGGCCUGCCUACAACUCCCAGCAUUCCCCAGAACAAUGAGCCUGACCAGAACAUUGAAAACAUCAAAGUGGUUCUUCAUGACAGGGAACUAUGGAAGAAGUUUCACGAGGCCGGAACCGAGAUGAUCAUCACCAAAGCAGGCAGGCGAAUGUUUCCCAGCUACAAAGUUAAAGCCACAGGAAUGAAUCCUAAGACCAAAUACAUCCUUUUAACUGACAUUGUUCCAGCUGAUGACCAUCGGUACAAAUUCUGUGACAACAAGUGGAUGGUAGCAGGAAAAGCAGAGCCUGCCAUGCCUGGAAGACUCUACGUCCACCCAGACUCUCCUGCAACAGGGGCCCAUUGGAUGAGACAGCUGGUCUCCUUUCAAAAGCUGAAGCUCACAAACAACCACCUUGAUCCAUUUGGGCACAUCAUCUUGAACUCAAUGCACAAAUACCAGCCCAGGUUACACAUCGUGAAGGCUGAUGAGAACAAUGCCUUUGGCUCCAAGAACACGGCCUACUGCACUCACGUCUUCCAUGAGACAGCUUUCAUCUCUGUUACAUCCUAUCAGAACCAUAAGAUCACCCAGUUAAAAAUUGAGAACAAUCCUUUUGCCAAAGGUUUCCGUGGCAGCGACGAGGGUGAUUUGCGUGUGUCCAGACUUCAAGGGAAAGAUUACCCUGUGAUUUCUAAGAACAUGGUCCGGCAGCGGCUUAUCUCAUCACAUGGCCAUCUGUCAGGAAAACUGGGUGCAGGUGUGCUAAGUAGCCACCCGCAGGUGGUUUCUCACUAUCAGUAUGACAGUGGAGUCCCUCUACCAAACUCUGAUUCCCAGGAAGCUCUCUCUAACUCCUUCCCAUCUAGCCGGGAAUCCAGCCUUCUUUACCACUGCUUCAAGCACAGAGAUAGCACAAGGCAUUUGGAACUGGGAUGCAAACGACCCUAUCUUGACACAACAGCCUCUGCAGUUACAGAUGAGCACUACUUCCGCUCCCCUCCAUCCUACGAUCCACCCCUGCUGUCCCACCCAUACUGCAGCGAGGCGUUGGGCUCUAGAGAGGCAUGUAUGUAUGGAGGAAUGGAGGGAGAGACAGGGGGCACAGUGGGUGCUGAUGAUCUCCCAGUCCCCUCCCUGAACUGCAAUAUGUGGGCGUCAGUGCAGCCGUGUCCUCGUUACGGCAUGCAAACUGUGGAGGCUAUGCCAUACCAGCCAUUUCCCGCCCACUUCAACAGCCCAGCCUCCGUUCCCUCUGUGGUUCCCCACCACUCACCGUCCAUGCAGCAUCCACAUCCAGCACCUCCCGACCUAGUUACGUUUACCACACAGCGGGUGUUGCCACCCACACCAUCUUCAGCUUCCUCCUCCCCCUCUGGCCCUGCCCCCCGUGAUAGAGCACAUUCUUCGCUGUUUCAUAGGAAGCCUGGAUCACCGUUACGUUCACAAAGGGAUUUCACAGGCUAUCCGACCCACAGCCCCACUUCAACACGAGAACCAGCCUAUCAAUACCAAACGGGCCUCAGCAGUGUUGGGCCACACUGGACUGACAGUUAAAGAGUGACCCACAGCACCAUCUACAACUAUAUUCCUCUUCAGCUAAGAGCAACAAACUCUCUCUGAACAACAACUGCAAUGAGAUUAUUUUUUACGUACAGCCAUGAUACUAAAUUGUAAAGCAAAGCCAUAAAUAUAUUUAGCCUAAUAGUAUAGGAAGCCCACAAUUUGUGGCACUGUGUAUUUAUUUGAAUUCAAGAUAAGACUAGAGUAGCAGUUCAUGCGCGGGUGGUGAAGCCAAGCACAAAUGGUGUACCUAAUGCACUGUUGUUGGCAUUAAAGGGUUAGCUCAGUCAAAAAUGAAAAAAAUCUUCUUUGGUGAAGAAAGAUGAUCAUACAAGUUUGCUACGGCAUAAAGGCAAUGGCAAACUUUCAUUUUUGGAUAAACUGUCCUUUUAAGAUGAACCUUUUCAGUGCCGACUUUCUGUAUGAAGCACAAAAUGUGUGUGCCAAUUGAAAUUGUGCUCUGCUUGAGAGAUUUUGUGUAUUAGGUGCAUAAUGAAAAAAGUCAAUGGAUUAUAUUGAGAAGUUUAGUUGUUAGUUAACCUAAACAGACUUAGUUAUUACUAAGGCUGCCUUUUUCCCCUUCAAAUGUUAGAGUGUAAGACCUGUGCCGAGCCCAAAGAUUGGUUGGAGUUAUUUUCUGGGUGUUAUUAAGAGAUCCUUAUUUUUUCCUAUUAACGCAAUAAAGUUUUAAACAAAAUGGAAUUGCUAAUGUACUGAUGCUAUGCAAUUGCUAAUAUAUCUUUGUAAUGCAAUCACAACAAUGAAGCUAUUAAAUAU